GGAAAAGGGUGAAAUAAUACUCUUUUCUUUUUUAAGGUGGUAUACCUUCAGAUCCUGCAAAUGUUGGCGAUGAAGUUGAUAAUGAUGAUGAUGGCAACUACGCUUCCAGUGGUGUUGAUAGUCAAGAGAAAAGAGAUAGAAAACUGAAACAGAAUACUGCAAAGCUGAGUAAACAAAAGAUGGCUGAAAUUCAACGUAUGAUUGAAGCUGAUAGACGUAAAUUAGAAGAGCAAAAAGAUAUGGCAGUAGAAGAACGAAAUCGUAUUCAGCAACAUCUUGAAGAGAAAGAAAAUGAAUUGAAACAAACUAAAGAAACUCGUAACAAUCUUAUGAAACGAAUGGAAGCUUUGCAAAGUCGCAUAAUUGUUGGCGGAGAAAAUCUAUUGGAGAAAGCUGAAGCACAAGAAAAACUGCUAGAGCAAUCAGCAGCUGAAUUACGUAAACAACAAUUACGCGCUGAACAGCUGAAUCAGAAAUUAAAAGAAAAGGAAGAGGAACGUAUAAAUAUUGAAGAAAAGUACAAUAAUUUACAGGAAGAAGCUGCUGGAAAGCGUAGAAAACUGCGUAAACUAAGCACAAUGUAUCUGCAAGCAAAAUCUGAACUGGAAGAUCUAAAGAAUGAACAUACUCGUGAAAUGGAAGGUUUACUGGAUAAUAUACGCCAACUUAGUAGAGAAUUAGCACACCACACAUUGAUUAUUGACAGAUUUAUUCCACAACCAUAUCAAGUAAUUUGCAAGCGGUUAUUAGAGAUUAGAUUUGUGUUUUGGUGCAUAUUUGUAGACGCUUUCAAUGCUCUCAUAUUAGUAUCAUUUUUGUCAAGAGAGUUAUGCACUUUUCCAAACAUCAAGUCUACAUUUAAAGACUGGAAUUUAUUUAUAUUCAUAGUAUGUCAUUAUAAUAGCAACGAUUAUUUUUGAGUUAAAUUGAAGACUUAAGUUUUUUGUGUCUCCUAAAUGCAUCCGUUCAAGUUGUCACAUUUCAUAAAGUAUACGUAAAGUUAGAAAGAAAAUGAAAUCCAGAAAAACUAUACGAAGUGGAAAUGUAAAGGAGGAAGCAUGUAGGCUUAAAUGGAUGAUAACCAGGAUUGAAACACUGAGAACGAUUUUGAGGCAUAUCAGCAACAGUCCUCAACCAUUCGUUUCUGACCUCUAGAUAUCCGUAGCCAUGUGGUCUGCAGCUACUCACAUGACU